AUGCUUCUUCCUGAAACAAUCUGUGGAUGUGCUCUUCAGUACGAUGAGAUUAAAUGGUUUGUUAUCAACUGUUGCCGAAGGUCUUCUGUGGUUUUUGACGUGUGUGAUGAAGAUAAAGGCUAUUUAAGCAGAGAGGAAUUUAAAGUUGCAGUAGUAAUGUUGGGUUUUAAACCCUCAAAGGAGGCCAGGCCCCCAAAAAUGUCUAGUGUUUCUCCUGACCCAGCUCCAUACUUUCACAUCAGGAUACCAGUAAGUCAGCAUAUGCUGCUGGACAAGUCACCAACAGCAGGGCAGUAUGACAUCCUCAACUUCGAGAAAGCCUUCAAUUUGUUUUCUCCUAAGUUAUCAAAAAGAAUCAUAGUUGAAACCUUCAGAAAAGGUACAGCAUUGAAGAAGCUGUCAGGGCGAAGUGCAGCUGCUAUGUGAGGAAUCCAUUCCACGGAAGUUCCCUAGUAACCAGAGAUGUCGGCAAUGCCAGGAGAACUUGGCGCUCUGACACUAAGAGGAGCUGUCGGGAGGGUGCAGCAGCGUGGAGGCAUCGCGGCCAGGCUCUGCAAUAAAUGGGGAACUCGAGGUACGAUGGAGCUGGUGCGCUGCAUAUUUGCUACCCUGGGCCAACAGCCCGUCAUACUUCUGACAAAAUGCUGUCCUUUUGGUGAACUUUGCUCAUUAUAAUAUCAUUAUAAUACCAAAACACACCUCCAUCCCAAAAGCUACCUGCCUCUGAGGUGCGACCACCCCUCACUGGGCAUGCGCUUUGAAUUUCUUCUAGUCUAUGCUUUUAAAAGCAAAGUGAGGAAAUUCUACACCAAUCAUAAUAAAGGUAUGUAUGACUAGAGUCACUCAAGCUCCACCUGAAAGAUAAAAAGUAGUAUAAAAUGUGUGAAGAGAAAGAGGGUGUUAGGGAAGAUACCAUCACGUACCACUCUGACUUCUGGGACCAGUCAACAGGCUGAGCCCCUCUUCCCCCCCACUGGGACGCCUUUGGGUAAGACUGGAAACCUCUGUAGAGUCACUUUAAAUCCCUAACAUAUUAGAGUUGCUUUGCUUCAUAUUAGAGUUGCUUCAUAUUUGUUUAGCAUACUUGUAGCCUAGCAGCGUACUCAUAUCUUUGGCAUUUAUGUAACCAGCAAUCUUACCACCAGUA